AAAAAGCAUUUGAUAUCGGCUAUAGUAAAAUGGCAUCUCGCCACUUUGGCCUGCCCCAUCGAGGCGGGACACCGACCAAUGUGCCGGCGUCAGUGCCAUUAAAUAGGAGCAUUGGAGAAUAUGUCAAGGCUGCCAGCCAUGUCGCAGAAUCCGGCUCCUGGACAGGAAAAACCGAAGUUCCAUCAUCCGGUGAGAUUCUAGGCAUUGAUGCCGAUAUCAACCCUGGCGAUGCUGUCUUUCUCUUGCCAAACCAGAUUAAUGGCCCUUGGCGCUCUCGGGAGAUGUACCUUAAGGCACAUUACGAGCUUCUGCGUGAGGACGCAGUUGCUCCUCUUCGCGAUGCAGUUGCUUAUGUCCGCCAGGACCCUCGUAUGCAGGAUACUUUGGACAUUUGCAUUUACGAAAAGGUGCGAAUCGUCGGAAUAACAUGCGCCCAGUCAGGCAUUGCUAUCAGGGUUCAAUUUUCAAUUGCUCGAGCAGGCAAGAAUAUCGUCUGGGAAUAUUCUCAAAGAUUGACAACCGGUAAAAUUGUUGCAUUGACCCCUGCCAACGACAACUUUAAAAGUCGAUGUGUUGUUGCAGUAGUUGCAGCAAGGCCUUUGGAAGGUCUCAAGUCACACCCAUGCCAAAUUGACCUUUUCUUCGCCAACCCAGACCAUGCAGCGUUUGAUUAUCAGCAAGAAUGGCUCAUGGUUGAGUCUCGCAACGGAUAUUACGAGGCAUUAAGGCAUACACUUCUAGCCCUUCAGAAGAUGAGCAAGGAAAGCUUUCCGCUUCAUGAGUAUAUUUGUGACCUCAAGCACGAUGUGGAGCCACCGGAAUACGUCAAACGUAACCCUGUAAUUGAUGCGUCACCGCUUUUCCCUCUUGCAAAUGGGGUAUCACAUAUAAACAUGCUACGAGAGUGGCCAAAUCCUCCCAAAGGCCUGGACACAUCGCAAUGGGGAGCAUUGCAGCAUAUUUUAACCAAGAGGUUGUCGGUUGUGCAAGGGCCUCCGGGAACUGGCAAGACUCAUGUUUCCGUCGUCGCUAUCAGAACGCUGCUUUCAAAUAUAGGCCCAAAAGACCCACCAAUCAUCAUUGCCGCACAGACAAAUCAUGCUCUUGAUCAACUCCUCCGUCACGUCUCAACCUUUGAACGGAAUUAUGUCCGAGUUGGCGGAAGAAGCAUGGACCUCGAGAUUCGGAAACGAACCGUGUAUGAGCUGAGGAAGAAAUAUAACAUUCCUUUCAUUCCUGGCGGAGCAUUAGGCCUGGCAAGAAAGCAAUAUAGGCUUCUAUCGGACAAGGUUGCAGAAUUAAUUCAGCCUUUUACGUUGGAUAGGUCAGGCAUGCCACUUCAAGCCGCGCUUUUUCUCAAGUUAGAGCUUAUCACCCAAUCCCAACACGAUUCCCUGCUUAGAGGUGCUGAGGGCUGGAUUCACUCUGGUGAUGAGAUAGACCCCGUUUCUGCGUGGCUCGGGGAGCAGAUGAUCAAGUACGAUCCGACCUAUAAGAUGGAAAACUUCGGAUUUGUCGAAGACGAGAUCGAUCUCGAAUAUGAACAGUUGAAAGAGCUUGAAGCCGAGCAAGGACUUGACGACGACGAUUAUGAGAAUCUCAGAGGCCACUACAUAGCUUUAAAGGAAGGAUUUACUGGUCGCACGAACCUCAUGCUCGCCGGAAAAACGGUAAGCAAUCAAUACUUAAAAUACGACGAUAUGUGGAAAAUCCCAGCGCGUGCCCGCGGCAAUGUCUAUUCGAUUCUUCAGAAACGUGCCAAGGAGAUUAUCAGCGAGAAACUGCGGUCCCUCAUGAAAGAAUAUAAUACCACAGCUUCCAACCUAAAGAUCGGCAAAUGGGAACGAGAUCUGAUCAUCUUACGAGAUGCGAGGGUGAUAGGCAUGACAACUACCGGUCUGAGCAAAUACAGGGCACUCGUUUCAAGUCUCAAGCCCAGAAUUAUUUUGGUCGAAGAAGCAGCAGAGGUUAUAGAGGCACCAGUUGCAGCGGCAUGUGUGGAAAGCCUAGAGCAUCUCAUUCUCGUCGGCGAUCAUAAACAGCUACAAGGUCAAUGUGCCCUCAAGGAGUUGGAAGGUGACCCAUUUUACCUUAACAUUUCGAUGUUUGAAAGACUUGUUCAUAACGGCGUGGAAUUCAAAUGCUUAGCCAAACAAAGACGAAUGGCCCCCGAAAUCCGCAGGAUUCUCACACCAAUUUAUGAUAAUCUGGAAGACCAUGAGGAUGUUCUCAAUCGACCUGGUGUUCCCGGGAUGGGCAACGUGAGCUCGUAUUUCUUCUGCCAUUCAUGGCCCGAGUCGUCGGACAGCCUUCUGUCCAAAUAUAACGAAAGCGAAGCCAAAAUGGUGGUAGGCUUUUACCUAUACCUCUAUAUGAACGGAAUACCUGCUGAGGACAUCACUGUUUUGACAUUCUAUAACGGCCAGCGGAAAAAAAUCCUCAAAGCUCUAAAGGAGGUUCCACUGCUGCAAGGACAAUAUUCCAAGGUGGCUACCGUUGAUUCUUACCAAGGGGAAGAAAAUGAGAUUGUUCUACUUUCACUUGUGCGUAGCGGCGGGCGCAACAUCGGGUUCCUCUCCAUCGAGAACCGAGUGUGCGUUGCCUUGUCACGAGCCAAACGCGGCUUCUAUAUUUUCGGGAAUGCAGAGGCCCUCUCAAUUCAUAAUGGUCUUUGGUGGGAGAUUGUUCAGAUCAUGCGCAAGGAACCAAAGCGGUUAGGGUACUACAUUCCCGUAACUUGUGCUGGGCACGACAAGAAAACUCUUGUGAGAGACCCAGAGACGUGGAAGAAGCUAGACGGAGGCUGUUUAUCCCCUUGCGGGGCUUCCUUGGAUUGCGGGCAUAAAUGUCCUCUUCGUUGUCACGCCUUCCCGCACAAAGCUGUCAAGUGUGAGCGGCCGUGCCUAAAGCUUCUUCCUUGCGGUCACGAAUGCAAAUGGAAGUGCUUCCGCCCCUGUGAGUGCGAUUGUGGUAUCGCACACAGAUCAGCCAUUCAGCCACGGGUGCCGCAGUAUCCGAAAAAUGCAGCUCCACUUACGAGCGCCGAACAGAUGGCUUCUGUCCAGCACUAUCGAGAUUUUGCCAAUGGGGGUGCAAAGGAAGCUGAUGCGCAGCUAGCACUCCAGACGAGCCGAUUAGCUGUGAAUGAGAAAUUGAGGCUUGCGGAUGAGCAAGCAUACGCGUCAUUGUUCGGAGAGGUAACCACCGAUGUAUCCACGACAGGAAACCCUCUGAUGGAGCGCGUUGCGGAUACCGGCGGCACGUCGCGGUUCCGUGUCGUCCAGUUCUACUCUGCUGCCCCUACUCAAGUGAAUGGCGGGUCGAUGAAAGAAGAGCCUAGCCUCCUGGACCUUUAAUUUAGCCAUUGCCGGGAAGGAUUGUUUUCACGCCGGUUGUAUUGCAGUUAUAUCAUUCUCCUGCAAUAUGAUCCGCUUGAAAAGGCUGAGCAUAUUUGGUUGCUUGUUUUGCUAUUUGAUCAGAAAGAUAGCAGCUUUGGGUGGGCUGUAACCUUGCAUUGCCAUUAUUCUCCGUGCGUAUCACGGAGAACUUUUUAUUUAAGCAAAUGCGGACCAAGAGAGCACCACAGAUACCAGAAGAUGCAUUCAAAGCCGUUUGACCAUUGGACAUGCGACAUCUUUCUUGCUCGAAAAUGGGCAUGUGGUGAUGACACGUUUAGGAAAAUUGUUGAAUUCAUUGACUGAUGCUGGCAACGGAUUAACCCCAUGUGAACUGAGGAGCCUUGUCCUUGAUUUGUCUUUGAAUCCCGAAUUAUGUACUCUGUACUCCAUACCGGCGCUGCUUACCCAAUCAAAUAGUCAAGAAGACAUUAAAUUUGCCGUAAUUAAUGAAGUGCCUAUGAAGCUGUUUCUGA